AUGGCUUCCCCUGCGAUCUCACGCAAAGCCCGUAAACAAAAUUUCAGCGCGUCCGAAAUAGCCACCUUAACGGAAAAAGUAGAGGAAAACCUUUCCAUUAUACAAAGUAAACUUACGAACAGCGUCACAAACCAAAAAAAAAAUGAAAUAUGGUGUAAAAUCGCGGAUGCUGUCAACGCCGUAGGAGUUGCUCGGAGGACGACUACCGAGGUCAGAGAAAAAUGGAAAAAUCUACACGCACAGGCCAAAAAAAAGAGUUCACAGAACUGGCCAAAGAGCAGAAAAAAAACUGGAGGAGGUGAAGCUCCGAAGAUGCCGUCGGCGGCAACUGCUAAAAUCAUUGACCUUUUCAAAGAAACCCCAUCAUUCACCGGCCUCGAGGGUUUCGAGUCGAAAGGUGAGAAUUAACAUCCACUGUUGUUUAAAACUUGAACUUCUUAUUACCUUAAGAAUGCAUAAGUUAUUUCAUUGUUUACAGGAAACAAGACAAAUUUUCGGUUCAUAAUUUCCGCUACAUGAACGACAGCUUCAGAAGUCACUUUCUUUAUUAGCUUUGAUUAUCAUAUUUGUUACACUAUUUGUCACGCAACCCACGGCGAGCACAAAAAAAUAACAAAUAUUCCUAAAACUGCAGAAGCUUUGAGUAAAAGCUUUUAGACUUACCAUUUCUUCAAGACUCCCUCAAAGUUUCCUAGAAAGAGACCUGUCUUGAACUGAACAGCCAGUACUUUCAGUGAAUUUAGAUCAGUCAUUUCGGUCAUGAUUUACUUUGAACCUUUGAACUGAUGACAAGUAAUUUUAAACAAGAGGUCACUUUUUUUUUACCGUUAUAUGUGGGAUGUUUUUUUAAGGCCCUGAAGCAAACCAGCCUACGGAAGUAGCUGCUCAAUUGGAAACAAUUGAGGUGAAUGAAGACCUGUUUAAAGAACUCCAAGAAGCUGUGCAGCAAGAUGAAGCCAACACCCACGAAAUCGAUGAUGAAGUGGUCAAUACACCGAAAGAAGAAAAUCAUCAUAAAAAAAAAAAGUAAAAAAAAAGAACACAAGACGACGUUCUCGAGGCCCAGUACAAAGCAUUAAUUCUAAAGCAGGAAAAUCUUAAGCUAAAAAAAGAGAAAUUGGAGUUGGAAGUGUUCCUUUUGGAACAAAGAUCAUGUUCUAUACCUACUGUGUCUAUAAAUUUAAGUCCAUGA